AUGCCGCCAAAUACAGUGCCUGAUGAGGAGCCUAGGGAUAGUGAGGGAAGGCAUUGCAACCAUACUGAGAAUGACAGUGAGACAAAACGGUAUCCUCAAAGAGAAAGGAACCCUCCCAGAUACUUAGAAGAGGACACCAUCCUCCCCAAGAAUGCCGAUUGUGCCCACAUUAGUUUAGAUUACUGCUACAAAGUUUGUGGAUUACCACAAAAUUACACAGAAGCCAUGGGAUCACCUCAAGCCAGGGAGUGGGAGCAAGCAGUGAAGGAAGAGAUCAGCUCUCUGAAGGAAAAUGAUACUUACGAAUUAUCAACUUUACCAGAAGGUAAAGCUUCAGUAGGGGGAAAAUGGGUGUACACAACCAAACAAGAUCAGAAUGGCAUAGAGUCCUUUAAGGCCAGAUAUGUAGCGAAGGGUUACAGCCAGGUAAAGGGUAUAGAUUAUCAAGAAACGUUCGCCCCGACAGCCAGUAUUACUUCAAUUAGGGUCUUAAUGCAGUUAGCAGUAAAACAUGAUCUUAUUGUCCACCAGAUGGACGUUAAAACUGCAUAUCUGCAUACCCCAUUACUCAAGAGUUAUACAUAG